CAAGGGCGCUUCCCAAGGGCGCUUCCCAAGGGCGCUUCCACCAAUGCGCAGCCACCAGCCAAGUCGACUCGUAUUUGGGCGGUAAACAUCAACAAACCCCCUUGGGACCACAGCUAUUUUCUCCCCAUCACAGGCCUCCACGGAUGGCCUCGUUGGCUAGCUUUGCGCCCUCACGUGAGGAGCAGCAGCUUUGUCUGCCCUGACGAGGCCUAUGACGCGUCCUGGAUUGCCGCCACUGGUCUUUGUUCCCAUCCCAUCAGCACUGCCCCAGUGGAGCAUCCCGGCAGAGAUAAACCGUAGCAGAAUGCGCUCUUCCUUGGGACGAAGGACUAUGAGACAAGUAGACCCAAGAGGAAAGGCCGGAUGGAUUCAGGAGGGCGUGUCCACUGUUGUCCAGGGAAAGCGUUCCCAUCGAGUGGAUCAAGCCCCAUCCGUACUUAGCAGAGACCUGGCUGGCCACUCUCGCUUCCCGGUGACCAUUGUACGGGCCGUCGUGCGGCAGCGGCAUUAAGAUCGGACCAUGGAAUGCUGCGAGUACGAAUUCUCUAAUGAGCUGCUGUCACACUGCCGAGGAAACACCCUGAGAAAUAUUGGCAAAGCAAUCAAGCACGUAAAGGCAGCCAAGGGCUGAAGGAUGGAGCGCUCCAUCUUCAAUGGCCCCUUCGGCAUCCCCCAGGAGGCUCAGCACAGAUCAGUCACUUCACUUGGAUAAGCAAAAUUCCAUGAGUACACACUAUGCGUACUCUGCCAGACAUCCCCCC